CCGGGUAAAGUUUCCCUGCGAGCACGACUCGCAAUGGCCGCAGCUGCCGCUCGUUAAGUGUAUCUUGUAGUUCUUCCCCCUCCCCCCGUUACCUAGGUUCCUCCCUCCCCAAUUUUACGCUUUAGGUCAGGUCACCCCAUACUGCCGCCAUGCAACUGCUGCCGCCGCUACCACCACCGGGAGCUUCCUGGUUUUAAGGAUCUCGGUGUGAAAUUUCCGUGAUCAGUGUCGCAGGAGCCAGAGAGAACAGUUGCUGGGCAGCAGGUUGCCCAUGGGCCCCAUUCUCUGCUUGGCCCCUGUGCCCUGCACCUGAGAGCCCUGCACCCUAUGCCAGAGAUCCAUCACCAUGGCCAGCAACAGCAGCUCCUGCCCCACGCCGGGAGGGAGGCACCUCAAUGACUAUCCAGUGCCCCCCUACACCUUCUUCUUCCCCCACAUGCUGGGAGGGCUCUCACCUCCCAGCACGCUGGCUGGCAUCCAGCACCACCUGCCUGUCAGUGGAUACAGCACCCCAUCACCUGCCACUGUGGAGACGCAGAGCACCAGCUCAGAGGAAAUCGUGCCCAGUCCCCCUUCGCCCCCGCCCCUGCCCCGCAUCUACAAGCCCUGCUUUGUCUGCCAGGACAAGUCCUCGGGCUACCACUACGGGGUGAGCGCCUGCGAGGGCUGCAAGGGCUUCUUCCGUCGCAGCAUCCAGAAGAACAUGGUGUACACAUGCCACCGGGACAAGAACUGCAUCAUCAACAAGGUGACACGCAACCGCUGCCAGUACUGCCGCCUCCAGAAGUGCUUCGAAGUUGGCAUGUCCAAGGAGUCUGUCCGCAAUGACCGGAACAAGAAAAAGAAGGACGUGCUCAAACCAGAGUGCUCGGAGAGUUACAUGAUUACGCCCGAGGUGGAGGAACUCAUUGAGAAGGUGCGCAAAGCUCACCAGGAGACCUUCCCUGCCCUCUGCCAGCUUGGCAAAUACACUACGAACAACAGCUCAGAGCAGCGGGUCUCGCUGGACAUCGACCUGUGGGACAAGUUCAGUGAGCUGUCCACCAAGUGCAUUAUCAAGACAGUGGAGUUUGCCAAGCAGCUCCCUGGCUUCAUCAUGCUCACCAUUGCUGACCAGAUCACCCUCCUCAAAGCCGCCUGCCUCGACAUCCUGAUUCUGCGUAUCUGCACGCGCUACACGCCAGAGCAGGACACCAUGACCUUCUCGGAUGGACUGACACUGAACCGCACGCAGAUGCACAACGCCGGCUUUGGGCCCCUCACAGACCUGGUCUUUGCCUUUGCCAACCAGCUGCUGCCACUGGAGAUGGACGACGCCGAGACAGGGCUGCUCAGUGCCAUCUGCCUCAUCUGUGGAGACCGUCAGGACCUGGAGCAGCCCGAUAAAGUGGACAAGCUGCAGGAGCCGCUGCUGGAGGCGCUGAAGAUCUAUGUGAGGAAGAGGAGGCCCAACAGGCCCCAUAUGUUCCCCAAGAUGCUCAUGAAGAUCACGGAUCUCCGCAGCAUCAGUGCCAAGGGCGCUGAGCGGGUGAUCACGCUGAAGAUGGAGAUCCCGGGCUCGAUGCCACCCCUCAUCCAGGAGAUGCUGGAGAACUCGGAGGGCAUGGACGUGCUGGGGGGGCAGGCGGGCAACCUGGACCCUCCCCUGGGUAACUGCAGCCCCAGUCUUUCGCCCAGUUCCAACUGCAGCAGCCUGGCCACACACUCGCCGUGACCCAUGUCUGGCUUGCACCAGGACAGAGCCUGCCAAUGCCGGCACACAGCGUGGGUGGGGUGGGGGGAGGGAGUUCGACUCCUUGACCGCCCCCCAUCAGUGCUGCCCCAGGACCCCCAACAACCCCCACAACUGACAGAGCCCAUGGUGAGCCCUGCAGCCUCCCAGUCCUGGGCCAAGCACGUUGGUUGAGUCACAUUUCAGAGGCGCGGGGGCCCUCGUCUGCAGCCCUCCAGGGACGCCCUGGCCCCACCAGCACCAGCACACAUGGGAUUGCCACCACUGAGCCCCUCCCUGCCCCCUAAGCCAUCCAGUGGGGAGGACCUGGCCAGACCUCGCAUGCUGAGGAAGCAGCAGAGUCACUUUAAGGAGAAAAGAAAGCAAAAUAAAUAACUAUAGAUAUCUAUAAAUAAGUUUUAAAACCUUUGUAAAAGUUUGGAGGGGUUUUUAGACCUGUGCAGGUGAAGGGGCCAAUGGUGGAUGCU